ACAACGAACUGCGAAAACUCCAUGAGAGUGGAAGAGUGAAGGCACGCCAAUUCAUUUUGUCGGCAGCGACGCUUUGUAAACAAAAAUAACUUUGCUUGUCGUUUUUGCCUUGCGGUGGUGGCUAACAACCCCCCAAAACACGAACACACACACGCACACAUUACAACAACAACUACAUACAAAGUUGCUGACUGCGACCCCCAACCAGGCACAGCAAGGGCAACCCAACAACCGAAGUGUAUACUCGUAUGUGCAUUUGUGUUUGUAUUUGUAAAGUUUCGGGGGUGCAGACAGACGGCAAAUAAAAACAAGCUGCGAAAUUUUCAUACUCGUACAAAUGUCUAUCAAAAUUGUAUAAAACUAAAAGUGAAAACACAAAUAAUAAAAUAAAAGUGAAAACAAAAAAUCAAAAUGAGCGACGCAAGUGGCAGCGGCCAUGGUGGCUAUCAAAAGUUACCGCCCGGCUGGGAUUGCAAAUAUGAUCAAGCAACUGGGAACUGCUAUUACAUAAACUAUCUGACAAAGGCCAUGCAGCUGGAGGAUCCGCGAGGGCGCUACAAACAGUUGCAAAACGAACGCUGCUCUACAGAGUCGAUUGCCCUCCAGCACAUGGUCACACAGCAGCACCACCAGCAACAACAACAAUCGCAUCCACAGCCGCAGCCGCAGCCCUCGUCAUACGGCAACUCCCCCUAUCACGUCUAUCCUAGCAACAACUUGACAGCCGUGCGCGCCUUUCAGGAGCGGAAUCAACUGCCCCCCAGCUUGCACAACAUAUCAUCGAGUCCACUCUUGUCAACCUCGUCGCGUGGACAUUUGGAGAUGUCCUCGCCUCUGCCCUUUCAGCGGGCGCGAAUGGGCAACAUGUCGCGUCGCUCCACCAUACAGGAGACUUCGUUCACAAACCAGAUCGACACAGAUGCCGUGGUUACCAAAAUCCAAAAUAUGUUCCCCACUGCCGGAGAGAAUCACAUACGAUUGCUGCUGAAGCGCUACUACAACCGCGAGGCCGUCGUCAUCAGCGCUUUACAGGUCGAAAAACAUCCCGUUACCAUGCCCGGCCCAUAUGUGACGCCCCCCGCCCAACGGCAUCUGUUUCACAGCAAUUCUGCUUUCUACAUGACCCCACCGGCGCGUCGUCUGGACAUCGGCGCUAGCCGGGGUGCCCUGAGCAGCACCUCAAGGACGGCCAGUCCCUUGCCAGGCGGCCGUUUCGGUAGUCUCAUGAGCAUGCAAAGCGGUGGCCCUGGUGUCAUUUGCAUUGGGGGGGUUGGUCCCGGUACGGGUGCCGGUGUGCCGCUCUUACAGGGCUCCCCGCAACUGCAGUGGCGGAGCUCACCCAAGCCCCACUCGUCGCCGAAAAUGAAAUUAAGAUACAUGAAAAAUAUAUUUCCCAAAGCUGAUGAAAUGUUGCUUUUGGACAUUUUGGCCAAUGCGGAUAAUAAUGUGCAAUUCGCCUCGGAAAAGUUGAUAUCCCUAGGCUAUGCUAAGCGUGAUGUGCAGCCGCAUAAGCCCAAUAAUCGACCACCACAACUGGAUGGGGGUCAAGAGGCGGGCAAUACAGAAGGAGUGCAGCACAUUCCACUACGACCCAAGGAGUACACACCGGAAGAGAAGACAGCUAUGCAAGCACUGCUGUUGCAAAAAUAUCCGCAAAUUGCCGAACGUAUUAUACUGAUGGCUUUGGAAUCGGUCAACUAUGCUGAAGAUCGCGCCACACAGAUUCUACAAAUUGUGCAGGAUGAGGACGAGCAGCGUGCUCAGAAGCAUGAUGCUAUUAUUGCCAACGAUCUAUCGCUGAAGACAAAGCUGGCAACACAAGAGGAACAGGUUGAUGGUCAUGCCAUAGGAGACAGCAUACUGACUGUUGUACUCGAGACCCCAACGACAUCGACAACAACAACAACAACGAAAUCGAAGCCACCACAUAAGCAACAUCAGCGCCACAUUCUGCCAUCCAUAAAUGUCACCACUCCGACCACGGCCACCACACAGAUCAUACUUAGCCACCCCUCCCCGAUGGUCGAGGAUGGGGCUGGGGCUGGGGCAGGGGCAGGGUCAGAGGAGGCGAUAGGAGGCGGCAAGGUCCCCAACCAUGCCAAUAUAAAUAACACCAUCAUGUCACCCAUUUCGACUCCAUCGUGCCACUCAUCGACGGUCACCCACUCGUACGCCUCACCCACACAGUCACCGACCCGACGGUACGAACCACUGACCACUAAGAGCAUUUUGGCACGUUCACGUUCAUCGGGCGGUAGCUGCAACUCCAAUAAUAACUACAACAACAACAACAAUAUGAACAACAACAACAACUACAACAUCAAUGGCUACCUGCAUGGCUCUAAUAGCAACGCUAACAAUAACAAUGCUAGCUCCUAUUCCUCCUAUACAACAACAUCAAUGACGUCAUCAUCGCUCUCGUCGGCCAACUCGAACUCGAACUCCUCAUCCAUAUUGAGCAAACUGAGAGCCGUUGGUAGUCGCGCGCGUGCCAAAACCGAUUCACUGAAACAUGCACAACGCACCUUGGGUUCGGAUAAUACGCAAAAUUCCGAUUCAGUCGAAUUUCAAUCUCUUAUCGAACGCAUGGCCACAAUGGGACCGAAUACGCAGCUGGCCAAGGGAGCUGAUGAAAAUCUGUUACUCGCUGACUAUGUCACUUGGAACGGACCCAAUACAGCACUCACGCAAAAACAGCCCGCUCGAGGUCCGGAUGCCGGUCUUCUUGGGGAGCGCACCUAUAAGCCCACGGGGCGGAAUGCGGAGCUAUGCAAGGGGGCCAAGGCGGGUCUAGCCAAGGGCAGUAUCUAUGCGCAUGGCAACAAUAAGAACAACAACAUUAAAUGUAACUAGAUGAGGCUUCCAAACAAGCAGAUGAACUCUUUAAUUGCGCAUCUCAGUGCCAAAACGAAAGUAGCAGAAACCAAAGUGGUCAGCCAUACAUACAUACAUACAAACAUACAUACAUACAUGCAUACUAUAUGUAUGAAAUGCACCAAGAGUUAUUUUUUAUAUGUCGUAAAACAUUUUAGCUCUAGAUGUCCUUUCACAUACCAAGUAUAUAUAUGUAUAACGUGUACACAUUCCAUCCAAGCUCCUAGUGUUGUUUUUUCCCCGGGCGCAAAUAUCGAAUAUUUUCGAAUUAAUUCUUUUUUAACGAGCGCGGCUUUUUUUAGCAAUUGUGCAACUCCAAAUAUAUUGAUAUUUUAAACAAAAA